CGGGGCGGUGCAGUGCAGGGAGCAACCGCACUGCAUGCACUGUCUAUAUACGCCCUUGCACCAUACCGAUGUAAAUGUCAUGUUUGAGGGCAUUAUCUUAAGGCACUCUCAUUAGACGUAUCUAUGUAUUCAUGUUCGUCUAAUAGGUUUUAUUUUGAUAGAUCUGACCGGAAAUAUAUGCUCUGUAACCCGGUGGAAGCUGAUAGUACUCCACAAACAUCUGGUUAUUAGACAGGACAGUUGAUAAACAAGUAUUGGAACAGACUGUUUCACAGAAACCAAAGUCAAUAUUAAUCAGCGGAGGCUCGCUAACGUCCCUGCAGUCCCUAUGCGAAACACGGCAUGGCAGAGAGACAGGACAAUGAGGUGGAGGAGGCUGACCAGAUCUACCUGCUGAUGAAGGAGGAGUAUCGGAUCUCUAGGAAUGUGCGUCUGGCGUGGUUCCUUGGUAAACUUAACCAAGUCAUCUGGCCAGCAUCAAAGCCUGAACUGCUCAACUCAGAGAAUGAAUUAGACUUGCUGAGUAUUUUACCUAAAGGAUGGCAGGCAGAUUUCUCCCCCACCAUGUACCCCUACAAGUUGAUGCCAUCCACUCGAGCCACCUUCCUGGCCCGGAGGUACCGCUUCAUUAUCGAGCUGGACCUCAGCCCCUCCACAGGGAUUGUGGAUGACAGCACAGGAGAAAUGAUCUUCGAUGAGGUGUUUCACGCCCUGUCGAGGUGUCUGGCUGGUCUUGCUCAACCAUUCAAAGUUCCUGGAACUGAUCAACUUUUCAAGCCAAAGAUCUUCAUCACCAUCUUGGCGUAUUCAUCAAUUAUUGGCCUCACUUCCCAUCAGGUUUUGGUACAGGGCUGUCAGCUUGACAGAACAGACCUCGUCGAGUUCCUACAUCACAUCUAUCAGCAGCUCAGAGCAGUGGAGAGUAACAUCGCAGAAGUCCUACAUCAGCAGCAUGAACAGUCUGUGGAGCCAGUCCAAAGCUCAGACCUCUAUAGCAACAACCUGGAUUAUCAGCCCCACAGGAAGCAAGGGAUUUCCAUGGUGUCAGCCGAUAUGGGUCUGGUCAGCAUGGUACGCCAGGGCAUCCUGGCCCUUCAGUUGCUGCCCCCAAACUCCAGUGCAGGUAUCAUUAUAAUCACAGAUGGAGUGACGAGUGUUCCUGAUGUUGCUGUGUGUGAAACCCUGUUGAACCAGCUCAGGAGUGGAACCAUUGCCUGCUCCUUUGUGCAGGUUGGCGGUGCAUACUCCUAUGACUGCAGCUUUGGCUACAUCCCCAACGUAGAGCUAAUGAAGUUCAUCUCAUUAGCCACCUUUGGAUCAUAUCUGCCCAGCUGUCCUGAUGUGGAUCUUAACAGCCGGGAGAUGAAUACCUACCACAAGGCCUUCUUAACCUACUCCUUCCUUAACAUCCCAGAGUCUUUGAACUCUGAGUACUUCUGUGUUUCCCAGCACAAGCUGUUCAAUGAGCACCUGGUGUCAGCUAGUGGUAACCCUGCCCUGGUCAUGAGGAGGAAAAAGCAUGCAGAGAAGGAAGUCCAUGCUCAUUUAAUCAGUGUGGUGUCUGUGCGACUGAGAGAGGGCUAUACCAUCAGAGAGAUCAGCCUCACCAAAGGUGGGACUCAGCUCGAGGUGAAGCUGGUGCUGUUAUGGAAACACAACAUGCAUAUCGAGUACCUGGUAGCUGCCUCAUGGCCGUUGGACCCUGCCAAAAGAACCACUAGAGUGGAGGUGACUAUGGAGGGAAGCUACGACAUCCUGCAUGACAUCAGCUGCACCCAGAGGAAACCCAUCACCAGCCCAUACCGCACAUCUGUCAUCCGACGCUUCUGGAACACACUGCAGAGCAUCAACCAGACUGAUCAGAUGUUGGUGCACCUCCAGUCAUUUAAUUCAAUUCCUGAGAACUACACAAUUCCUGAGAGCACCAAAAAUGGAGUUCCUCUGUUCUACAUCCCUCCUGGCUCUACCACUCCGGUCCUGUCCUUGCAGCACAGCGGAUCCAAAGACUCCUCUCAAUCCCAGUUUGCUUCCUAUUGGAAGCCCAUCCUUUCCAUGGAUGCCAACUUCUGGCAGAGAUGGCUGCACAUGCAUCGCAUUGCUAUCAUCCUUGAACAUGACAUGCCUGUCCCCAAACAUCUGCACACAGCUGGAAACAAUGGGCGUUACAGCACCAUUCAGUGUCGGAUCUCCCACUCUGCCCUCACAUCACUGCUGAGGGACUGGAGCAGCUUCGUGCUGGUGGAGGGAUACUCAUAUGUUAAACUCAUAUACAGUGCGUUGGACCAGCCUCCAACCUCCUUCUAUCUGGUCCGUCUCAUCUCCAAGACGCCUUGCAUGGUCCUGCGUCUGGGCUUCCCUAUCGGGACACCAGCCCAUGUUAGAAACAAGAUUGUAGAUGAGCUGCGAGAGCAGAUCCUCAAACUUCGCUUCCCUCAUCGUGUUCAGAACAAAGAGGCGACACCGAAGACCAAGAGGAAGGUUGUUGGUCAUCCAUCACCAUCCAAAUCUCCAUCCAUCCCUGCUCCCAAACCUACACUGUCAGACAGACCCUGUGUGGUGGUGCUCAAUAAGCCUCUAGAGAAGCUGCUUAUAAGGUAUGAGAAGCUCCCAUUGGACUUCAGGACUCCCUUCAUUUUCAACAUGGAGAACUUUCCUCAGCCCUCCAACAGUUCCGUCCCCCUAAGCAUGGCAGCCAACCGGACAGCCUCCUCCACCCUGGCAUCUCUGUCACGCUACUUCCUGCACCAACGCUGGGUAUGGGCCGUGCAGAGCAGUCAAGGAUCGGCUGUGGCCAUGCAGGCUGUCGCUCACAUACUGUCCAUGCUCUCUGAGAUCCGCAUAUCAGAAGGCUUUCAUUUUGCUGCCAGUGGAGAGGGCAUUGUUAACAUGGUGAUUGAGCUGCCAAUGAAGGGCAUGUCAGGAGACACGGACAGAGAGAGUCACUCUUGUAUUGUUCAGUACAUCCUGUUUCCACCUCACUCCACAUCCACCAAGGACAGCUUCUCCACUGAUGAUGACAACGACACCGAGGUGGAAGCUGUAGACGUGGAUUUGGAGCUGAACCUUGUGACAGAGUGCUGGGUAGAACCACAGAGUGGCAUAGUGAUGAACUGCAUGGACCAGCAUCGCCACUUUCAGGGCCUUAAGUACCAGGAGAUCCCUCAAGCAAUCUAUCCAAAGGAUCUGGCCUGUAUGUCCACCAUGAUGACCUUUGAGCAUUUGAGCCAGUUGUGUCAGAAUAAAGACCAGGUCUGCUCACUGCCAGCUAGACCCAAGGAUGUGACAGGAGAAGCCCUGGCCUCUGAGGACAGUAUUCACAUGGUUCCUUUCCAGUUUGACCUCAUUCAGCUGCUCCCAAAAUGCCAGCAGGUGGAAAUCUUCUUCCUCACAUUCAGUACAGCAGUGGAGAAUGAGGAGCAGAUUUACGGCUCCUCCUGUCUGCCCAACGAGCUCCUGCUUAGUCUCUUCCAUAGCAGCCUGGAGCAUGAGCUUAGUGACCGAGAGAUCCCGUUAGCUGACAGCGACCAUGCUGCCUUCAUGCAGCAUAUCUUAGAGCGAGAACGAGACGGUUUUGUUGCUCCUUUCUCCUUACCUGUUAUUAAAGAGGAGUUUGUGAAGCCUCCAGACAGACAGGACACCAUAACGUCAUUCCACACCACUGGCAGCAGCAAAGAGGUGAUGGGAUCUACCAGCACUUUACAGAGUUUCAGUAAUGCAGACCUUGUGGGUGAAGAGCCUUUGCUGGGGGAGAGGAGCUGCUCUGUGCCACAGUGGAGGUGCUACGCCAAAUACAUCAACUCCCAGCAGAUUCUCCUCACCUUUCUCCCUGCCUCCUUCACUGAUGUUCUGAUGUUGAUGGUGUCAGGGCUGGAGACGGAGCCUCAGAGUAAUGUUAACACACAGGAGGAUGACACUUUGACUCCUAGCAACAAAUCUCAGGCUGACUCCCUGUCUGGCUCCAUCAGCGGGCUGGAGAGGUCUGAGUCGGGCCUCAGUAUGGCCAGUAAACUGCGAAGGAGCUUCAGCAACGGACUCUUCACUGCCAGAUCCCCUGUGCUCUCACCACAGUCUGAGGGCCAGACUGGAGCCGCUGAUUCCCUGGUCCUUGACCAGCACAGCUGGGACAGCAGAGUGUCAGAGACAGAGUCUGGGACCCCAGGCUCAGAUCUGGUAGAAAAAGAAGGGGUCCAAUUCUCUGAGCCGCAGAAGGCAGAUUUACACAUCAGCUUCAUCAGGCAGGUCUCCCAGCAGAACACCAGCGACAGCAGCCAAUUAAAGUGUCCAGUCUACGUCUACAACUGCUCUCUGGAGCACCUGAAGGAGCAACUGGUACAUCCCAAUUCCAGCCGCCAACCUAGGGACAUUUUCUUCAGGUCACUGUCUCAGGACCGCAGUAGUCCUUCCCCUUGGACUGACCUCCUGGCUCAGCCUCACAAACACAAGGAGCUCACUAACUACUGCAGCCUGCUGCAAGAACAUUACCACCAGAGCUACGUCAAAGGUGUGUACCGCAGCCUACAGCAGUCCUACAGCAUCAGCUCCCAGGAUGUCCUGAUGGCCAUGGACUACUGUGAGGAAUCCCUGCAGGAGAUCGACAUCACCUCCUUCCUGCAGACCCUCUGUGGACACAUCAGGAUCUUUAGGGAGCAUAGUGUGACUCCAGGAUGGGGAGGGAACCCAAAACCUUCAGGGAGUUCUGCUGCCUUCAUCAUUGGAGAGGCUGAGGAGGACCUAUCAGAUGACAGGGGAGCCAUGGCCUCCUCAUCCAGUAUUGAAAUGGAAGAUGCUGGUGAAGCUGAACCUAGAGGGAAGACCUCUGCUCCUACAUCUCCACUGAUCCUGGAUGAGUCCAAGACAGCCAAAAUCCCAGAGUUCCCUCUGACACUGCUUCAAACACAGCCCAAGUGUGAAAUGUAUCCAGAUCUGCACAACAUUAUACAGGAUAAAUUCAUGGGGAUCGUGUCUCAGUAUUUCAAAACUGUGCCCUCCAAUCCACACUACUACUUCUACUGCCCAUCUUCAUGCAAGAAAGAGGAGGACUCAGAGGACGGUGAGAGAGGGAGGAGGCCAAGUGAGGAGCUGGUGUCAGAGGCUGAGCCAGCUACAGAGGAUGAAAAUCUUUCGGGCUGCUGCAUUAUGACGGAAAGCGACACAGAUUUGGUGGUAGAAUAUGAGGAGCAGGCGCCAGGCGCCAUUUCCCACAUAGAAGGUGAUGACCAAUCCCUGUCCGACUCAAACACUGUCAACCAGGACCAGGACUCCUUCAGUAUCCUGGAAGGAGACUCCCUGCUGGAGCCCGAGGGGCCACAGCUGGACAUGCCACCGCUGUUUGUUCAUAUCACUUGCUCUGUCAAUAUGAAAAGCUGCCAUGGCUCCAUGCCCAUACAAACACUGCCUACCUGCCUGGGUGAGAUUAUUUCCUGCCUGGAGAAUGCUGAAGCCUUACAGUCUUUGGAUUUGAAUGAGCUUUCUGCCACCUUAGAUAUUUUUGUCCUGACACUACCUCUGGAGAUUGAAGUCAUGGCUGAUUUCCAUCAUAACAGGUACACCUCAGAGAGCAGUGUGUCCUUGAAUCGUUCACCAGGACAGCCCUCCUCCUAUCGCUCUGAUGAGGAACUGAUGGCUGUGUUGGACGGUCUUAGGGGGGCUGGUGUUGAUGAGGUCUCUGGUGAUUCCUUAUCCAAACUCCCAGUUCCUCACAAGUUAGCUAUUCUGGCCACAAUGGACGAGAUUCGCUGGCUGCUGGAGGAUGAGAUCGUUUCUGCUUUGCGUCACUCUCGGGUCAUCAGCUCGGACACUCUGCAGAAAGUAGCAGAGCACGUUUUGCGCUCCAGCGGUCGACCGCAUUGUCACUGUGAAGAUGUCCCCCUUCAGUUUGUCUUCAGGCCUGAGCAGUCUCUGGAAAAAUUCAAAGAGGAGUUCCGCAGAAUAUCUUUCUGUGGCUACAUGUUGAAUGGAGAACAGUGCAGCUUCUACUACAUGUCCCUGAGCAGACUGCACCCUCAGAGGAUCCACGCUACCAAGAGGCUGUCUGAGAGUACUGCAGACCCCCCACAACACACCAACCUCUGCAGUGCUGGAGCACAGAUGGAGGAUGUGAUGCUGGAGAGUGAAGCAGAGGCUCACGCAGAAAGCGAGAGUGAAGUCAAGAAGUCCAUCACUAUUGCUGCUGACACUCCCAGUGACACAGCUGCAGAGGCCAGUGAGCCGGUCAGUGCCUUGAGGCUGGAGACAGAUGACACUGUUUCUCAGAGCUCAGUUAGCAUGGCGGGGGACAGAGGUCAGCCCAGAACCCCCCAGCUCCACACUGAAUGCUGUAUAGAUGCCACCUCACCACCAAAGACGCCGUCCAGUGUCAGCCUGGCUGAGUCCAUGCAGUCAGCCUCUCACAGCUGUGGCAAACUCAGGCCGAGCCGAGUUCAGAGUGUCGUCUCCAGCCAGGGUAGCCUGGACUCAGACAUGCAGGGUUACGAUGGUGGCAGCAGUGACUCUGAGUGUGAGAGCCCCACCCUGGAUGAACAGGAGUGUCAGUCACCACUAAUGCCCGACUUCUGGCUCAUUGUCAAGAUCCACCAGGAUAGAGUAAAAGUCUACUCCCAUUCCAGGUGCUUCACAGAAGGCAAAGAGGUCAGUGCUGAGGAGUUGGAGAAGAAGGAAGAAGAGCAGGAACUGCCUGAAUACUUACACUUGCAUCAAAUGGUGGUCAGGAAGAUCGGUGAAAUCUGCAGAAUAGUCAAUCAGCGCAUGUUGCUGCAGGACCUACACGACAGCCAUGUAUGUAACUCUCUGCUGGUGGCUGAGAGUGAGGAAGACAUCUGGAAGAAUGAAUCUCUCUACAGGCAGAGGCUCAACACCUCUGAUGAUUACAACACAGAUGAGAGCUACCAGGCCAGAGACUAUCUUGCAGCCACCAUGCAGUUCAUCCCUGGACAUUUUGCCUGUGACGUAGUGUGGAGCACAGUCAUCCACAUUCACCCACGCCUCAAGAUGGGACCUAACAUGGGGGUAUCCAGGGCGAUCCAGGCCCUGCGCUCUGUCCUGAACUCUUUCUGUGUGGUCAACAGGAAGAACAUGUUUGUCUAUCAGGAGCGUACAACCAAAUCAGUCUUCUACCUCAGACUCUGUGAAACAUCACUAACAGGGAAAUACUCUGAUCUGGAUGGAAACCUCUACAUGACUCGCUCUAUUGGGCUUGCUAGGAGUCAAGAGCCCCUGUUUUCCGAUGAAGUAAUGGGCUCCAGGUCUUCUCUGGAUGGCUCUCGGCCAGUUGGACAAGUAGACAAACACAUCCUGCUGCUUGUGCAUGGUGUGGGAAAUGCAGGUCCAGAGAUCACAGACGAGCUGGUCAAGGUGCUGCGCAAGCGCCUGGAUGAGACUACACUGGACAUCAUCACUGUCAUGCUUGUGAGGAACUGCAAGCUGACACCAGCUGAUGUGGAGUUCAUCCAGCCAUCAGGAUCUCCAGCCACUGAGGUGAUGAACUUCAGUCUCCCCCAGUACUGUCUUCCCUGGCUGCCCGCUGUGGCUCACUACCUCAGACAGAACUUACUCAUCUUCCUGCAUGUACCCAAGUACACUGACAGCAACACAGCGCACCACUUCAAGCACUACUGUAACCUGAUCGGUGACUUGGCCGAUGGUGAUAUCUACCUCUACAACAAACCUGGAGGCCAGGGGACGGGAGGCAAAGGUAUCGCCUGCAUCACCCUCUCAUUUGUAGACGGCCAUGGUCAUCCCCUUCAGGUUCCAGCUCAGGACUGUGCUGCACCACAGAAAUUGGAGAACUGCACCACCCCCCUUCAUCCAGACCAUUUUGAUGAGCUGACUGCUGUGGAUAAAGUGGACUUCAUCAACAGCAGCUCAGGUACAGAGCCACAGCUGUAUGUACGCUUUGAUAUCUGGGAACAAGGCAACAUCAGCCCCUUACAGCUGAGCGAUAAACUGCAGGGGGCACUACGCCAUGCACUCUGUGAUGUUGUCAUGGAGCUGAGAGUCUUACCAAAUCCUCUUUGUCUGGGGGUGUUUUGCCCAGCAACCAAAGCUCAGAGAGAAGAGGCUAAAGGGCUGUUGAUUCCUUUGCCUGAGGUGAAAGAAUUAAAGGACAGCCCCAGGCAACGCAGUGGCUCACGGGUCUUUAAAACCAGCCCGUCUCCCAUCACCCUAACCCAAGCUGUAGGGGGAAGCCCCAUGACAGGGAGCAGCACACCCGAGGCCACCACACCCACCAGCAAGAGCACCCGCCGGAGCUUCUGGGACAUACUGAGUAAGCCAGAUUCAUCAGAGCUUGGGAGUCCAAAGACAACCGAUGACAUAGUUCAAGAAAAAGGAGAGGAGGGCCGAGCAGCACGUCGAAGACACAAGACAGAGAACGUAAAGCAGCAGUGGAGCCAGGAGAAAGCUAUGGCUGUGGAGCUGGAGCAGGUCCAGAGGAGGCAGGUGUCUCAGUUGGAAGAGGGAGAUGCAGGCACUUUACACCCCAUCUACCAGGUUACCUGCCAGCCAUGGAUCACUUUCAUGGCUAAACUUGGCUGCCCCUCCAUUCAGCAGUGCACGGCUGAAACGGCUUCACACUUCCUGCUGCCCUCCAUCUUGGCAGAGAUUGUCAAUUUGGUCAGUUCUCUGGCCAGUGAUACAACAGUAAAGGCAUUUGAAAAGACAAGCUGUCCCCCAUCUGGAGACAUAUUUGUACCAUUCCCUCUUGUCCAGAACCUCAGCCAGCCUCCAGAUUCCACAAGGAGCUUCAUUCUCAUUGGCCGCAACUUCCACCAGUGGCACUGUAGCACAGAGCAAGAAGACAGUUCAGAUGAGGAAAACACCGCAGUGCUAAAUAGGUUCACACCUCAUAAGGGCUUCCAGCGCUUCGAUGCACUGGAGCAGAGUGAUUGGAUAAGUCCUAGCCAGGUCGGGGCUGGCCUGGCUCCCCGCCAGAGGUUCCUCUUCAUCAGCAUCCUGGACAAAAAGGUGACUCUGUACAGCUAUAACUGGUCUGUGGACCUGGGCGCCUCUCUGAACCGUGAGCUGGUCCGCCUUGUCAAGUGGCAGAAUGCGAGGGCUCAUGUUGUCCACUGCCUGCUCAACCAGAAGAUGGGCCUCUUCCAUCACUACUGCUUCUCUGAUACACCCGUCCAUGAAAUGGACUCCAAGCAGGAUACCAACCCUUUCUUAAGCCCCUCCAUGGAGCCUGAUGCAUUGCUGCGUAGUGCAGUUCCUCCCCUGCCUAGUAAAGAGCAGGGCAGGCUGGGAAGCUCUGGCCGAAGUCUUGCUCCUCUCCACUUCCCCUCCGAGUUGCUUCCCUUUGACGAGGCUCUGAGGGAUGUGUGCACCAUCCGACCCUUGAUGGAGGGGGAUGUUGUGGCCCAACAUGGCGGCCAGCUCUUAGAGAUCAAAGCUGCCGAGCGGAGAGAACUGGAGAAACAGAUGAAGAUAGAAAACCUGUUUGUGACUUGGCAGCAGAGGUCAGCACAGUCCAACAUGCCCAUUUCAGGGACAGAUUUGGAGACCCUGAAACAGUCGUCCAGGCUCGUCCACUACUGUGCCACCCCUCUCCUCUUUGACUCAAUCUUCCGCAAGCAGAUCCAAGAGGAACAGAUUAUUCAUCCUCCAGUGAAGAAACGCCAUCGCUCCAGCGACUCCACAGCGUCAGGUCGGGACCGAAGCUACAGCACCGACUCAGCUGACAUGCUGCCCAGCCGACUAAAGGAAGAAUCCUGGCUGCUUGAGAUUUCUAGCAACUUCCUCCAGCAGUAUGUCCAGUACCUUCAGAGCAUGGGCUUCAUUCUUGUCCAGGUCCGACCUCAGUCUCCAGCCCGCAGCAUUGCCCGGGCCCGUGCUGCCAUGCUGAGCUCUAUGUCAUCGGAAGGGAGGAUGUCAUUUUCUUAUGUAAAGCAAAAGAGUGAGGACAGCCCUAAGGCUACAGCGUCUGGAACCACCGCAUAUCACCUCCAGAGGGCGUUGCCAGGGGGGAUCGUGUUGAUGGAGCUGGCUUUUCAGGGGUGUUACUUCUGUGUGAAGCAGUAUGCGCUGGAGUGCUCCCGCAUACCCAUGGGCCAGACAGUCAACUCCCAGGGCAGCCUCCUCACCAAACCUCGUUGCAAGCCGUUUCCAGAUGCCACCCCAGUAUCUGACUGUGCGCUCUCCAUGCUCUUCACUGAGGAGUGUGAUAAGGUGCGGGACCUGAUGCAUGUUCACUCCUUCAGCUACGACUUCCACCUGAGAGUGGUUCAUCAGUACUUGGUUGGCUGUCACAUGACGCUACGCCAGGGCUACCAACUCACAGACUUCCUAGAUGACUUCAUCUCCCAUCACCCAGACAUUCCAAAGUUUGGCCGCAACCACGUCUUCCAAGGUAGCUUCUCUAUCUCCACUGGGAUGAUAACUGCUCAUCAGCUCUACAACUAUAUCACUGAUCAUGCCAGCACCUACGGCAUGAAGCCGCUCCGCAUGUCCAAGGCUGCAGUCACCACUGACAGCAAGAAAGGGACGCCUGACCUGCACGAGUAUGCACUAGUGGCUUUGUGGAACAGUUCGGGUUCUUACAAGGAUCUGGAGGGCCUGCACCACCAUGACGACUUUGACGUGUCCCUAGUGGUGUGUCACAAUGCUGCCCCCUUUGAGGAACAGUCAGAUGGGGAAAGGCAUUUGUUGAGGUUGCGGUUCUAUGUAAUCAUGACAAGUCAGAGAGAGCUCUUCCCACGCCUCACUGCUGACAUGCGCCGUUUCAAGAAGCUUCCUCAGAUCCACCGUGAGCCUGGUGAGCUAAGUGGCCGGCUCCCCCCAGAUCGGGCAGAGGCCUACGGGUCAAGAGGUGCCGAGCAGGACCUCUGGGAGGAAACGCCAUCUGAAGCUGCAGCUGCCUCAACUCCUAGCGACGGCAAUGAGUUUUACCCUCUGGCUGGGGGUGGACCAGAGGCUCAGGGGCUACUCUACCCCUCCCCUCUGUUCCCUCUGCUCAACAACGAGGUGGUGUCAGCCCGCAGACAGAUCCAGCUGAGUGUUGAGCAGGCCAUGGGCCACUGCCGCAGGGAUAACCUGUGGAGGAGGCUGUUCCACGGAGAGCACCUGGCCCUGGACAAACUGAAGCUGACAAAGCUGUCAUUCAGCGAGCUGGAGGAGUUGCUGGAGGCUGUGCAGAGCCGCUCUGUGGGGGAGAUUGACCCACAACUGGACUGUUUCCUGACCAUGAGUCCAGCCUGGUACCAGAGUCUCAUCAAAGUCCUGCUGAACCGCUUCCCCCAGAGCUGCAGACACUUUGAUGACAACGGCAUCCAGUAUCUGGCUGUUCUGAACCAGAAGUUCACUGACUGCUUUGUUUUGGUCUUUCUGGAUGCCCAAGCUGGAAAAACAAGCCUUAAGGUUGUGUUUCGGGAGCCACUGCCAUCGCAGCAACAGGCAAGCAACAGCCCUCCUCCCCAGCUGGUGUCCAUGUAUCAUCACCUGGAGUCUGUCAUCAACACUGCCUGCUAUAACCUCUGGACAGGACUGUUAUAGAGCAGAUUAUUGGAUUUACCUCAACUCAUGUCCAUGUGAUCAUCGACAUAUGGAUAUAGGAAGUACCAUUAGAAGACAACAGAGGACAAGAUUUAAAUGAGUCCAUUUGAGGAAAAUCCUCUUGACAGUAUGCUCUCCCAGCAGCUGCAGAUCACUUCUACCUUGCUCCAUGGGGCAUCAUACUGGACAGUGAUGUUAUGGUGUUCAUGCAUUUCUCUGUUAGUGCACAGGAAGCACUCAGAUCUAAAUGGAUCUGACAGAAACCAAAACACACCCAAACCUGUUGAGAAGUCUAAAUAAAAAUAAAAUCGCUCUAGCCUGAUUUGCCUCA